CGGCGCAGCGGGGCGGGGGGCUCAGUGUUGGUGCUGCCGCCACCCCCGGUGCUUCGUGCCCCGCCGCCAAGCACCAAUACUGCCACUGCCACCAUGGAGGCCAUCAAGAAGAAGAUGCAGAUGCUCAAACUGGACAAGGAGAACGCCAUCGACCGAGCUGAGCAGGCAGAAGCUGACAAGAAGCAGGCGGAGGACCGCUGCAAGCAGCUGGAGGAGGAACAGCAGGGCCUGCAGAAGAAGCUGAAGGGCACGGAGGACGAGGUGGAGAAGUACUCUGAGUCCGUCAAGGAGGCCCAGGAGAAGCUGGAGCAGGCGGAGAAGAAAGCCACAGAUGCUGAAGCUGAGGUGGCUUCUCUGAACCGCCGCAUCCAACUGGUGGAGGAGGAGCUGGACCGGGCCCAGGAGCGCCUGGCCACUGCCCUGCAGAAGCUGGAGGAGGCUGAGAAGGCGGCAGAUGAGAGCGAGAGAGGCAUGAAGGUCAUCGAAAACAGGGCCAUGAAGGAUGAGGAGAAGAUGGAGCUCCAGGAAAUGCAGCUGAAGGAGGCCAAGCACAUAGCGGAAGAGGCUGACCGCAAAUACGAGGAGGUCGCCCGCAAGCUGGUCGUCCUUGAGGGAGAGCUGGAACGCUCGGAGGAGAGAGCAGAGGUUGCGGAGAGUAAAUGUGGUGACCUAGAGGAGGAGCUGAAAAUUGUCACCAACAACUUGAAGUCCCUGGAGGCCCAGGCUGACAAGUAUUCCACCAAGGAGGACAAGUACGAGGAGGAAAUCAAGCUCCUAGGGGAAAAACUGAAGGAGGCGGAGACGCGGGCAGAGUUUGCUGAGCGGUCUGUGGCGAAGCUGGAGAAAACCAUUGAUGACUUAGAAGAGCACUCCCAGCAGGCAGAUGAGAAAAAACACAUUCUCACUAAUGAGCUGCGGGUCAUCCUUACUGAACUUAACAACUGAGCUGCAACAACUCCAGCCCCUACCCAGGCUUCCGCCCCCACGAUGCCCCCAGCCCCGACUACUCCCUGCCCUGUUUUGGCCAGACUGAUUUGGGGCUGGGAGCCCCUGCCCGCUCCCCCCUGGGGUAAUCACCCUGCUUGGGGGGACAGGGAGCCCCUGCAGAGCUGUUGUUUUUUUUCUUGAGAGAGGGCUGAGGGGUUUUGCCAUGUCCUGGGAUGCCCACACGAUGGUGGCUGUCCCCUGGCAUCAACCUGGCCCCGCUGGAGAGGGACACAGUGGCUUGUGUCACUGCGGCUUGUGUCACUGCCUUCCUCUUCUUGUCCCAGGUGGCCAGCUGCUUCCCCCUCCCUCUGGGCACCCCAAACCAUGCAGGGAGGAUGCCCUAGCAGUGGGGUCCCUGCAGGGUGCCGGUUGGGCAGAGCCCACAUCCUAUCCUCAUAUCUAGCGGGAAGGCAGAUGCCAUCUGGAAGCCAGCGCCGGAGGAGGCCACCUGGCAGAGCUCGUCCUUGCAGCCUCAUUAGCUCUGCUCCUUCUCUGUUGUCCUCUCUGCCCACCUUCCUGGCCUGCUGCCUUACUCCUCUUCACGGAGCACCUGGCUUGUGCUGCAGGCACUGGCUUUCCUCUUUUGCUGGCUGAGGGUUUGUGCCCGUGUCCGUUGCGGCCAGUGGGGACGGCAGGAUGGGGAGAUGGGGCCACAGUGGCGGCUGGCUGGGGAGCAGUACCCAUACCACGGUGGGGCUGGCUAAGGGCAACAGGGUGCAGUGGGAGGAUGGAGAAGCUAAACAGCAAGGACUGCCUGACCCCCAGGGGUCGCAGAGGGGCUGGGCUCAUCCCUGUUGGUGCUGGGGCUGCUAGACAGGGACGCCCCCCCUCGGACUGAUGCCGUACUGAGCUGACCAUCUGUGUGCAUGGGUCUGGCUGUGCCCAGGUAUGCUUGUGCUAUGUCUGUGUUCAUGGC